GAAUUUUGACCCUUUUAUCCAUAAAAUGCUUACUUCAUCGGACAAUUCCAGUUUAAAAAUAAUGAAUAAAUCUAUUUUCUGGGCAAAGUGGGCCUCCAGGAUAUUAGCAUUUUGGAUCAAUUCAAUUCUGAGGAAAGUGCUUUUAAAACUUCUAUAGAAUUAAACAAAAUUUUGAUUUAUAUUAGGCAGCUUCUUGGCAGUUUUUUCAACUUAGAUACUUGUUAUUUGGACUCUUUGGUUCUGAUGUCAUUAUUGCUUCUGAAGUUCUAUUGUGGUUGGAGUUUUUAGAGAAUGUAAUUGAGAUUUAUAAGCCAGUAGAUUAUGUUUUAGGAAGUUCAAAGAACUGAUGAAGUUGACUUUAUGUUACCUCUGGAAAUAACUUAUCAAGAUUAAGUGGUGGAAGGCCAUUUUUCAAAGUGUGCAAUUAAUUUCCUUUGAUCUUAAUGGUAAAAAUAUUUUGUAUAUAUUGGACAUCUCAGAGAAUGUUUAGUUAAGAGUUGGCUGCUAUCGCCUUAUUGUUGAAGUGCAAUUUAGAAACUGAAACCUUAACUCAAAUGAUUUGGACUUAUAUUACUACUGUCACAUUUGGGGCUGAAAUCAAUAGGGUUUUUAAUAUGACUUGGAUUAAUCACUCUGUAUUAAAGAUGCAUAUAAUCUUCUUGGCUACUUUUCCUAUAUAUGAAACUUACCAAGUCAUCAAGAAUUGUGGACUUUUUAGGCUCAGGGCAGAAUGUUAUAUAAUACUGGAAGAAGAAAUUUGCAUCUGAUCUGCAGUAAUGGGUUGUUCAUAUAUAUUGCUUGUCAACAACAUAAUUCUUUUUGUUUUUUUUAACAGAGGAGAAAAAAAGAGGACUUCUGAAUAGUUUCAUCUUGGAGGAGGGAGGUAUUAAAGAACGGAAAGAACACAAACAUGGAAGAAGUUUAUGAUUACUAUGCAUUUCUUAGCAACUACACUUCUGAUGACAGUUACUCACAUGAAACCUUUCUGGGGUUCAAGCGAGUUUUCCUUGUCUGCAUGUAUUCAUUUGCCUGCAUCUUUGGAGUGGCAGGAAACUCUUUGGUUAUCAUAGUUCUGGUUUUCUACAAAAAAGUGAAGAUGCUUACAGACAUAUUUUUAGUGAGCUUGGCUAUUGCUGACUUGAGCUUUCUUUGUACGCUGCCCUUCUGGGCUUAUUCUGCUGCAGAAGAGUGGAUCUUUUACACUCUGCCAUGUCAAAUCAUCCUAGGACUUUACACCUUGAAUCUGUAUGGUUCCAUGUUAACUCUCACUUCUAUAACUAUUGAGAGAUAUUUUGUAAUUGUCCAAGCAACCAAAACUCGUAUCCGUCAACACAAAAGAAGAUUCUGGGGUAUUGUGGUCUGUAUUUUGAUCUGGGUGAUCUCUCUGCUGCUUGCUCUGCCACAGUUCAUCUUCAGUACAGAGGAAAAAUUAGACAAAAAGAUAUGUUUUGCAAACUAUUCUUCACAGUUUAUGGAGCUGUUCACAGAAACAACUCAGAUGACCCUUGGAUUCUUCUGCCCCAUGCUCAUCAUGAUUAUAUGUUAUUCAAUCAUUGUAAAAACCUUAGUCAGUGCUAAGGGCUUCCACAAGCACAAAUCCUUACAAAUAAUAUUUGCUAUUGUUGUAACUUUCAUUUUGACGCAGAUGCCCUACAACCUUUUGAAACUCAUUCGUGCCUCAGACCGCUAUAUCAUGCUGAGUUACAAGUUUGACUAUGCUUUGAUCAUAACAGAAGCAAUUGCUUAUUUCCAUGGUUGCCUCAAUCCAGUUCUCUAUGUCUUUGUUGGUGUGAAGUUUAGAAAGAAUUUGACAAAAAUUCUAAAAAAUAAUUGUUGUGUUAAAUACCAAGUUACAAAACAAUGGCAUACAAUUGAUGAAAAUGGCUCCAAAAGUGGUACUGCCACAUAUAAUGCAGAAGAAACCUGCAUGGACCCCUUAUAAGAGACCUGGGACAUUUACUCAUGAAUGUCUUCAGAGUGAUUUCAGUCCUAGUUGCCUUGAGCUGAGCGCUCAUGAAAAAAAAGCAGUAUGAAUCGCGUUUUUCUCGAUAUAGCUAUCAUGACUG